CGCCGGAGAGAGCGCAGCGCCAGAGCAGAGCGGAGCAGCGGAGUGUGUGCGUGUGCGCGAGAACGAACCUAUAACUCUGUGUGCCAAGCAGCAGCAGCAGCAGCAGCUCGUCGUUCCCCUUUUUCUUCGUCUCUUUCGUCGUCGGCGUGCCCGCUCUCUGCCUCUCUCUCUCUCUCUCUCUCUCGCUCUCUCUCUCUCUCUCUGUCUUUCCCCUGCUUCUGUCCCCGUGGAGGAGGUACUGGGUCGCCUGCUGCUGCGUUCUUUCUGCCGAGGAGAACAGAAAAGUGCGAUCAGACAUGGCCGGCGAGAAGCGCAGCGCCGAGGAACUCACCGAGCACCAGGAGUCCGCGAUCAUCCUCGACGUCGAGGGCACCACCUCCAGCAUCAGCUUCGUCAAGGACACGCUGUUCCCUCACGUACGCGAGCACCUGAAGAAGCACGUCACCGAGAAAUGGGACGACGAAGAGUUCAAGGCUGACCUCACCAAGCUCAAGGCUCAGGCUAAAGAAGACGAGGAGCAGAAGUUGGAAGGCUUUGUGUCAAUCAAGGAUGGAGAUGAUGAUGAAGCUAAGGAAAGUGUUGUUAAGAACGUGCUAUGGCAGAUGGACAACGAUCGCAAAACCGGCGCAUUAAAGCAGUUACAGGGGCACAUUUGGAAGGCCAAGCAUGCGCCUCUUAAGGGGCACGUUUAUGAUGAUGUUCCCAAGGCUUUUGAAGAAUGGACAAGUAGUGGUAAAAAGCUUUACAUCUACUCUAGUGGAAGCGUUGAAGCUCAAAAACUGUUGUUCGGAGACUCAGUACAUGGCGAUUUGUUGAAGUACCUGAGCGGACAUUUUGAUACUGAAGUGGGCCCAAAGCAGGAGGCAGAUAGCUACAGAAACAUUUUGAAGCAAAUUAAUGUUGAGCCUGCAAACGCGUUGUUCCUUACUGAUGUUAUAAAAGAGGCUGAAGCUGCAAAGGCAGCAGGUCUGUCUACUACCAUUGUGAUAAGAGAGGGCAAUGCCAAGCUAAGUGACGAAGAAAAACUUGCGUUCAAAACUAUCGAAUCUUUUGCUGAGCUGACUUUGCAAUCGGCCAUCAAGCGUCAAAAAAUAGAUGACGAAAGCACGGCUGAAAAAAAAGAUGCCCCAAAGGAGGAAAAGCCAGUGGCAGCAGCUGAGGAACCAGCUAGUGAGCCCAUGGACACAUCGGAAGAUGUGGAAGCGGCAGAAAAAAAAGCCGAAUCGAAAACCGAUGAUAAAGUUGUAGAAUCAAAAGUAGAGGAAGCGGAGAAAAUCAAGGAAUCUGAAAAACCUGUAGAAGAAAAAGAAGAAAAAAUUGAAAAAGAGGUGACGCCUAUGGAGGAAGACACUAAAGUCGAUGAAAAGACUGUCACAAAGACUGAAACUGAAAAAACGGAAGAGCCAGUGAAAGAAGCAAAAGAAAACGAAGAGAAGAUAGAAACUGCCGUGGAGGAAAAAUCAAAAGCAGAAGUUUCUGAAGUAUCAGAAACGAAAGUGGAAGAGUCCGAAACGAAAAACGAAGAAACAGAGACAAAAAAGAAGACUGAAGAAACAACGAAAGAAACGGAAAAAGUAGCAGAUGAAACGAAGGUGGAGGCCGAAAAGGUCGAGGAAGCAGCGAAAAAGGAAACUGAAGAAAUUGUAGAAAAGGUCGCGGAAAAGGUCACGGAAAAGGUAGUUGAAGAGAUUGCAGAGAAGGUAGCUGAAGAAACGACAGAAGCCAAAAAGACUGAAGAAGUAAAAUCAGAGGAGAAGGAAGCAGUCGAGAAAAAAUCUGCGGAGGAAGUCAAAGAAAACGGAGAGGCUAAAGUAGCACCAAUCGAAAAAGUAACUAACCCCACAGAAGACAAAGUCGAUGAGGGCGAAAACAAGGAAAAUAUAGCAACGAAAGCAGAGAAGACUACCGAGCCAGAGAUCGAGGUAGCAGAAGAGGCGAAGGAGGUAGAAAAAGAGAAAGAAGCUGAGGAUAAAGUCAAGCCUGACGCAGAAACACAAAAAGAUGAAAGCAAGAAGUUGAACGGCACAACGACAAAUGGUGACUCGACGAAGGACGUUGCAGCCGAAAAAGUACACAGUAACGGAGUCAGCGACGAAGCCGAGAAAACGAAGGAGAACGGAGACGCCGAAGAGUCUCUGAAGGUGAAAAAGACGGUGGCAGACGGCGCCGGCGAACCAGACGUCGUCAUUCCUCCGGUUGUCGCUGCGACGUCCUAAUCUCAUUCGCCGCACAUCGUCGUCGUUUAACUUUAAGGAGUUCUCCAUACAUAACCCCUCUGCUCCCCGACCCUUGACGAUUAUCUUAAAAGUAUAAAAGGAAGAAGUGGUGUCUCCCUCAACACGUCCAAACCUUUUUUUUCUUGUACUAUUUACGUAUUCAUCGUUUCUUACUCUGGAUGUCAGACCUUUUUUCAAUUAUGGUCAUAAAUCCCGUCAUGCCGCAUUUUUGUUAACUUGUUCGCUGUGCUAUUCCUGCUUUUUUAGUUGAAUUGUGUCUGAAUGAUGUGUUGAACAAAUACAUCUCUUGGCGCAAUUCAACGUAAAAACUAAGCUUUUUGCUUAAUACAAGCAUUCAAGUUUACAGGAAGGUUACUAAAAAUUGCAGCGUAAAUUUUAAAAAUAUCUCGUCUUUUAUGAUAAAAGAUGUUUUACAAUCUUUUUCUAUAUCCCAUCUUUUCCUCGCAAUAUAAGUCAUACAGCGUUUUUCCUAUAAAGCGAUAACUUUUAUGUGACAGUUUUUUAAUAGAAUCAUUGUUCCCUCGACGAAGAAAAAGGGAUGAAAAAUAAGAGAGAACGAUAGAGAGAAAGAGAGCGUGCAGCGUGUUUCAACUUCGGUUGUCCUUUGGACAUGUGAAACAUUGGUUGUGUGGCAGCGAUUGCUGUUUUAAGACGUUCCUGCCGUGAACAAAGAAAACUUAUGUAUUUUUUAUUAAACAAUAGCUUUGAUAUGGUAGUUCGUUACUAAGUUUGAAGCGGUGUAUUCAGAAAAGUGAACAAAGGAGCCAUUUUAUAAAUGCUUUUUUAUUCUUGCUCCAGUGUUCAUAAACGUAAAACUUUUGUGAUUUAUAACUUGAAGAAGCACAUUCAAUCAACGACAUUGAAUCUUGUAUUUAUUAUGACCAAACGACUUAUUUAUUGUAAAUUAAAUUAACGAUCUAUUAUUUACUAUUUAUGUAAUUUUGUGUUCAUUAGACUGUGUAAAGCAGGAAAAGCUUUCGUGUUUCUGUAAUGGUUGUUGUAGUUUUGUCGCAAACCGAAUGUAUCAGGUCUAAUGAUAAUUUUAGAGCGAUAGAAGUUUUAUUUCAAUGUCGCAGAGUGAUUUUGUUUCUCCAAGUACAAUAUAGCUUUUCUUAGCAUGUAAGUGGACUGAAUAGUGGUCUUAGGGAUGAUCGAAAUUGUCAUUCGCUGUGAGAUAAUUUGCAUGCGUUUCUCGGCUUUGAGCGUCGUUCGCAAGUAAGCAACUCAAAUUUUUCAACUUUCAUUUGGAUUCCAUAAUAAAUGUGAACAUCGAGACAAUUUUUAAAAUAGUCUAGGGAAUCUCAUAGUUGGAGUAUACUAUAUCGAAUGUACUCUGUGCCAAAUAAAAUUUAACAUGUCCUUGUAUCUAAUGCUUAAACAUCCAGAGGGAUACAGCAACGAUUUUUUUACUCAGUUUAUACUUCUUGUUCUAUUUUAUAUAUUUCUUGUCUUAAUUUUUUCAGCACAUUUCAGCGAAGAUACUUUUAAGACUGAAUCGGUAGAACGGUGUGGAGUCGUUGGCUGUAGAUCGUAGAGGGUGUUCUUCGUGCGCUGUACUUACGGGAUAAUCAUGUUCUUGAAACAGGCACCGAAAAUUUCUUUCUAUAAACUUACGAUAAAAAAUGGAGUAACGGACAGCAAAUGCGUGAGGUUCAUCGAUUGUCAAAAUUGAUCGUGCUUUGUGUAAUUCAGAAUAAGUCAAACUUGUAUUGAUAGCUUGAUUAUGUACUGAUUUCGUAACAGUGUGGAUUUUAUGAGUUUGAGUUGUGAUGCGUGUAACUAGCGAAGACACUUGAGUUUGUGUUAUGCUAUUGAUGUAACGAUGAUCAAUGAUACACUAUGAAAACCCCCAGUGAUAAAGUUUAGAAGAGUAAGAAACUUUUUGUAUUCGACAUUUAUACGCACGCUGCGCAAUCUCUAUAUGACGAAGCAACGUAUUAUCAAAUUUUUGUACUUUGAUUUAUUUAUUCCGUGAGUUUUCUGCGUGUUAAGGUUCCUAAAUCAAAGGAUACGAUAUUUUGGUGACCAUAGCAAAGAGUAAAACGGCUGUACGGUCUGUCACUGCCACUUCUUUUGAUGUAUCAGACUGAACUACCACAAAAAAAAAACAUUCCCUCAGCAAACAUCGACUGAUCGUUGAAGACUUGCUAAUGGACUGCCAAUUACUAAUUUUAAUAAUAGUCUUGCAUUUCACCACGGAAUAACAAUAGGAUAGCAUUUUUCACCAGCUGACUUUCACGACAUCAUCUGGCAUCAUCACCUCCAUAUCAUCCAUUCAAUGUUUGCGUCAAUAGUUGGAGAUCUAUGCUUGAGAAUUGUUAUUUCAUGGAAAGAUGUUGAACUACUGGAUGAAUAAAACGAUUUUUUAUUUGUUUUUUUUUUUAAUUAUUUUAUUCAAUUGCACACGGAAAACCAAACUGAGUUGUUGUGGAUCAUUUUAGUAUUUGUUGAAUGGUCGAUAUUUGAGCAUCAAUUAACGUCUAAUUCAAAAAUCGUACGAAAAUGUAUUUAAAAAAUAACUUUAAGACCUAAGGAAUAUUCUAAUAUUUAAUAAGCGAAUAUAAUUAGUAAUAAAAGAGCACAGUGAUUAUCAAAAAGUAACGUUUGUACAACUCGGUUUUGAUUUUCUUUGUUUAAUAAAUAAAACUAAAUUA